CCGCCGUACGAGCUGUUCGACUCAACAUGCGCUUGUUCCUCCUUCCCAUCUCAACGCGGCGUACGCUCCUCUAUUGCGAUCGCGUCGCAACCCAAGUCAACGCUAGCGGAAAUCUGUCCUACCACGAUCGCAUUGUCAACAAAGCAAACGAGACGUGGGCAUCCUGGGAAAAUUCUCCCAACAAGUACAAGAAGAAACUCACCGACUAUGGCAACAUUGUCUUCAACCGCAUCUCCUACGAGGAGUGGGGGCUCAAGACACUGCCAUCAUCCACUGCAGACCUUACUCCUACCGAAAUCGUCUUUCCGGGUCGCUUCCUGGACCAGAAANAAGUGCCAGAUAUCCUGAAAAGACUUGCUACUGAGAGACAAGGCCUGCACAAGCAGAGGUUCUGGGGCAGUCUGAUUGGAUUGCCUUUCACCAUCCCAGUCGGCUUACUCCCCAUCAUCCCGAACAUUCCUGGCUUCUAUCUUGCUUUCCGAGCUUGGUCACAUUUCANNAAGGUAAUCGCUACAUCAAACGAUUCCCGUCAUGUUGCAUGGAUUCGACAGGGACCAUUGUACGGCUCGAAGUAUCUGGAAGCUCUGAUCAAUAGCAAAGAGCCCUUGAUCAAGAUGUCUCCGUCAAAAACUUUGGACAAUCUUUAUGCCGCAGGCCUGAUACAUCCUUCCCGAGAACACUCAAGGCAGGCUGCGCUACCUUCAGAAACCGAGUCCCAGGAAGUUGCCGAUCUUGUCUCUCGACAGACAAACAGUGAUGCCUCAGAUGUCAUGCUGCUCAAACGAUGGAAUGGCAAGCUACUCGCCGAACAGUUCAAUCUCCCGGGCAUGGAGCUCGAGAUCGAGAGAGCUGUCGAGCAGGUCCAGAAGGAUAUUGAAGCCGGCUCCGCAGCAUCCAACGUGAAGGGAGAAAACAUCACGACCACAGCGGAAAAGUCGCUCUCGGAUGAGAAAAAG